GGACACCAUGGUGCGACGCGUGGCUGUGGUGGGCGCGGGCAUCAGCGGGUUGGCGGCCACCAAGUGCUGCCUGGAAGAGGGACUGGAGCCCACCUGUUUUGAGCAGAGCGAGGACAUCGGGGGGCUCUGGCGCUACACGGUGAGGGGUUUGGUCUGCGUGGUCUUCUGGCAAUCUGGGGCUAGGGGAGAAUCUGGGGGGGCGGUGGCUGCGAGAGCCGCUCAAAUGGAGAAACUGACUGUGUUAAAAUUCAUGAUAAGAAGGGUAAAGACAUCGGGUUAGCUCUGGGUGAUGGCUAACCAGCUCGUAAGUGCCUGGGGAAUGCCCUCCUCACGGCCCCUCGGGGCACAUUCGCACUCAUAGGCGUCACUUGGCUACUGCAGUUGAUGGCUUUGGGGUGUUCCUCUGGGGUUGCCUGGGGUUGCCCACAGAUUCUACCACUAGAAACCUGAGGAGUUGGUUUAAUUUUUAACCCAGAAUAUUUUUGGAACGUAAAAAAGCUGCACAGAGUGAUUUCAGCAAGACACUGAUCUGGGCUUGCUGAUUCUAGGAUCAGCUAGAACACUGACACCUCCAGCCCCAGCGAGACUCUUAUUUUGACAAGAAUGUAAUAAAACACUUAGAGUUUGGUGGGGUUUUCUUCCUUUUUCUUUCUUUCUUUCUUUUUUUUUUUUUUUGUUUUGUUUUUUUUGUUUUGUUUUGUUUUGUUCUGAUGCAAAUAACUUUCUGUUCUCCAGUUUGCUUCGAGCUCCCUUGGGUGUAUUUUUAAGCAAAUUUUAGCAGCAGAAAAGUCAAAGUUUCCUGGCAGUUCUGCUUGGGUGAUAGGUUGUUUUAUUAAUUACCCCUUUGGCUAGUUAAAGGUGUGGUAAAUGCACACCUGCCCCUUUCUGCCUACUGAGCAGGUGAACCUGCAGCGAGGUGGCUACCCAAAAUUUGCUGUUCCCUUGCUGCAGGUGCGUCCAUCCCCUAAUAGCAGCUGGGUAAAGCUGGGGACAUAAAUCCCAGCCAGAAAAGCCAACAGCUGCUUUGAAUGUCCUGGUGUCCAGACAACAAUGCUGGAUCAUCUUGUACGCGGGACAUGUGAGAUUUUGGCAGGGAUGUGACCCUCUCUGUGUCACAAGCUUGUUGGCCAGCACACCAGAUGCAUGGAGAGCAGAUUUAGGGCAGUUUCACAAAGUAUUUAUCUCAGCUGCUGAUGGUGCCUGGAUUUUGUUCCCCUGAGAGCAAUAAGCCUGCAAUGUCCCCUGUGUGCUCCAGCUAAGCUGAGAAAAAUAUCACUUUGAGCUCUGCAAGUGAUGUUUAUAAGAAGCGAGGCUUGAAGUUGAAAAUAACAGCUGUGUGUGUGCCCAAGGUUAAGCCCAGACAACAACAGAACUGAUCUUUCUACAGUGGUAAAUGUAGAAGACAUUAUGCCAAGUAGAGGACUCUGAGGUUAUUACAGGGAUGUACUGUGUAUGGCUCUUCAGGAUGAGCCCACAAAGCCUGUGAGCACAUGUGGAAGGAAAAGCCAGAGGAAGGCAGAGCUAGCAUCUACCGCACUGUCUUCACCAAUUCCUGCAAGGAGAUGAUGUGCUACCCCGACUUCCCCUUCCCUGAUGACUACCCCAACUACAUACACAACGCACGGCUCCAUAAGUACAUCCGUGACUACGCACAGCAUUUUGACCUCCUCCGGCACAUCCGCUUCAAGACUACAGUCACCAAGAUAAGGAAGCGCCCUGACUUCAGUGCUACGGGGCAGUGGGAGGUGGUUACACGGAGUGACGGGAAGGAAGAGGCAGCGGUUUUUGAUGCUGUUAUGGUUUGCACUGGGCACCAUGUCUACCCAAACCUCCCCCUUGCCCACUUCCCAGGGAUAGAGAAGUUUAAAGGUUGCUACUUACACAGCCGGGACUACAAGGAGCCAGAAAAGUUCAGAGGGAAGAAGGUGCUGGUGGUUGGCUUGGGCAACUCCGGCUGUGACAUUGCUGUGGAGCUCAGCACCGUGGCCUCGCAGGUUUACCUGAGCUCCCGAAGAGGCUCCUGGGUGAUGAGCCGUGUCUGGAACUUCGGCUACCCCUGGGACAUGCUGCUCAUCACCCGCUUCUGGACGUGGCUGGACAACUUUCUCCCCAAGGCAGUCAGUGACUGGCUCUAUGUCAGGAGCAUGAACCAGCAGUACAAACAUGAGGAUUUUGGCCUAAUGCCGGUGGAUGGAUCAUCCCGCAGGGAACCGGUGUUGAAUGAUGACAUCCUGAGCCGCAUCACCUGUGGUGUGGUGCUGAUAAAGCCAAACGUGAAGGAAUUCAGAGAAACAUCAGUCUUGUUUCAAGAUGGGACUGUGCAGGACGACCUCGAUGCGGUUAUCUUUGCCACUGGUUACUCUCACUCCUUUCCUUUCAUGGAGGAUGAAUCCAUCAUCGAAAGCAAGAACAACGAGGCUACCCUCUACAAAUGCAUUGUUCCUCCUAAGUUGGAGAAGCCAACCAUGGCAGUCAUUGGAUUGGUCCAGUCCUUUGGAUCCGCCAUCCCGACAGCAGAUGUCCAGUGCCGCUGGGCAGUCAAGGUGUUUCAGGGGCUCUGCACUCUCCCCUCAGUCAACGAGAUGCUGGAGGACAUAGAGGAGAAGAAGAGGAGUAAGAUCAGAUGGUUCGGGACAAGCAACACGCUGCAGACCGAUUAUAUCACCUACAUGAAUGAGCUGACCUCAGCCAUCGGUGCGAAGCCCAACGUGCUCAAGCUUCUGCUGACAGACCCACUACUGGCCCUGAAGGUCUUCUUCGGCCCCUGCACCCCCUACCAGUUCCGCCUGACGGGACCAGGGAAGUGGAGUGGGGCCAGGAAAGCCAUCUUCACCCAGUGGGACCGGACGCUGAAGCCCACGAGGACCCGUGAAGCCCCCCCUGCCACCAGUACACUCCCCAGCCUGCUGGUGCUGGGGAUGCUCCUCAUCCCCCUCCUCCUCCUCCUCACUGUGCUCUACUAGUAGGGGGAUGGGGAGGGCUGCAGGCUUACCGAGUGGCUCUGUGUGCGGGAUGCUUUCUGCUGAGCACUGUCUGUGCUGCUUCAUCAAUUCAUCAAGAGCUCCCCUAUAUAUAAUAUACAGCAAUGUAAAUUGAUGUAACCUUGGUGCCUUGUGAAUCUGGGACCUCUCUCAGCUAUGGCUAUGACAAAGUAUAAAAGUGUCAGCUGGUGAUUUUAUCUCUAAACAUGUGUUCAGUGUGUGAUGCAUUGCUACGUGUCUUCAAUUCCACCUUUCUACAGUCUUCUAUAGUGGAGAAAUGGAGCUAACAUGUUUGCCUGUUCAGUAAAUGCUUUGUUAUGUUAUAUAUAUAUAAGUAAAACAAAUGGGGCACAAGAAAUUUCUCCCCCCCUCCCCCCCACCCCCACCAACCCAUGCCCAGCCUUGCAUGAUGCCAUAUAGUAUGGGUUAUUCCUUUGGCUAUUUAAGGUCAACUGUCCUGGUUCCAUCCCUUCCCUCCUCCUUGUGCCCCCCCAGCCCCUCCGUGUCAGGACAGCAAGAAGCUGAGAACAGAAAUGUCCUUGGCUCUGCGCAGCACUGCUCAGCAACAGCUAAAACAUCGCUGAGUUAUCAGUGCUGGUUUCCUCCUAAAGCCAAAACACAAAAGCAUCACACCAGAUACUGUGAAGGAAAAAAUCAAUCCUGUCCCAGAUGAAAUGUGGAUACGCUUCUCAUUUCAGAUAAGAGGAAAAGUGUUUUUACUCUUCAUUUACCAUCAUGAAUGUUAUUGCAUUUUGUGAUCAAUACAUCCUAUGGGCUGCAAGCUGAGCCAGGCAUCAGGCUUGGUGUGGGAAAUAACUCUAACUUGAGUGUUAAUAGCAAAAUGCUUGAACUAACCGCUAUGGAUAAUAAAAACAGAAGUAGCCAUUCA